GCCGUCGCAGACCAAGCGACGAGGCGACCGACCGGCCGCGGUGGUACUCACGCAACACACACGAGGCGUCUCUCGUCUUCGCGCGCUGCCAUUCAGUAUCGUCAGUCGUUCGGUCACGGUCGGUUCUUCGCGCCGCUCGUCUUAUCCCAUCGCAGUCGUCGUCGUCGUCUUCGUUACGACUUGCCCACACGCUUCCGUCGACGGUGGUACCUUAGUACCACUCGCAUAGGAUUUUCGAUCCUUAAAUAAUUCGGUUUUUUACCGUCUCCUUCCGUCCUCGUUUUUUUUUUUUCCAAAUUCACCCCCACCCCCGCGGCCCCGAAUAACUUCCAUGUCGUACGACCCGGUGAAGUCAUCAGACUGCCGCUGACCGACACCUAUAGCCGCUACCAUGCUUCGUUGCAGCCAUCGUACCUGCGGCGGCAGGAGGAAUCGACGAAAUCCACUCCGAUCGUUGCCGCAAAUCGGAUUACUGUUGUUGCUGUUCUCGUGUUUGAGAGUGACGACGUUCAAACAGCAAGAGUUUAGGGUGGUGCCGCAAAACGUUAGCGCUCGAGAAGGUACGAAUGUGACGUUGGUCUGCGAAAUCAACGACAUCACUGGUGAUGUCCAGUGGACUAAAGAUGGAUUAGCUCUGGGUUAUGCAGCCGAAAUACCAGGACAUCCGAGGCACUCUAUGGUGAUCGAUGCCGGAAAUGGGGUGUACAAUUUACUUGUCAGAAAUGUGACAAUAACGGAUGAUGCACUGUACCAGUGUCAAGUGAGCCCCGGGCCGGCGGCGGGUAGCAAACCAAUUAGAUCAUCGGCCACGUUGUCCGUCCAGAUACCGCCUUCGUCCGUUGAAAUUAUAAAUAAAUCUGAAGACUCAAAAUUGGAAGUACAAGAAAACCACGAAGUUACUAUCGAGUGUAUAGCACGAAACUCUAAACCGGCUUCGAGAAUAGUAUGGUUUCGUGGCGAUGAAGAAAUCAAUCCCGAACGAUCUGACAACAUAAAUGAAGAAACCGCAGGCGAAACAAAAUUAAAACUGUAUACCGUCCGAAGCCGAAUAAAAAUAACCGCUAAGUCAAACGACAACAAUGUUAUAUACAAAUGUGAAGCUCAUCACAUAGCUCUAUCGAAGGCAACACCGGAAAAGCUUGAAAAGCUUUCACCCACUGUUCAGAUAAGAGUUUUAUAUCCACCGGGAGCUCCUCACAUUGAUGGAUACAAUGAAGGUGAUAUUUUAGAAAAAGGAACACACGUAAGUCUACAUUGUGAAUCUAAAGCUGGAAAUCCACCAGCACAACUUACGUGGUUCAAGAACGACCAAAUGAUUCACAAAGUUUACAGCACAACGGAAAAAAAGUCGGAGAGCACGUACUCAUUCACAGCUAAUGUCUCGGACAACAACGCAAGAUUUCGCUGUGAAGCAAAAAACUCAAUUAGCCCACUUCCUCAAUAUGCUGACGUUGUACUCUCAGUGUCAUUCGGUCCAUCUCACGUCCGUAUUAAGGGACCAGUUGAAGCGAAACAAGGAGAACUGAUAACAUUAAGCUGCGAAACCGGCCGCAGCAAUCCUGCGUCAAUGAUAAAAUGGAUGGUGAAUGGUGAUGUGGAAGAAAACAGUACUUUCGUUAAGAUGAACGCUCCGCAGUCCAGCUUUAUAUCAAAAUCCAACGUAUCGUUUGUCAUACCGACCGGACAGCGUUACGUGGAAGCCACGUGCCAGUCCAUCGGUAACAGCAUAUCCGAAAAAGUUAUCAGCACUCAUAAAAUCAACAUUCUACACCCGCCCGGAGCACCGAUCAUAAUCGACCAGUCGUCCGGUAAUCCUAUUCCAUCGGGAAAUACACACAGAAUAUCUUGUGUGUCUACUGGCGGCAAUCCACUUGGUACAAUCACAUGGUUCAAAAACGAUAAAAAGGUUCAGCCGUCACAUACAACAAAUGGGGAAAAUUCGGUUUCGUCUGAAUUGGAAUUCGUGGUCAAUUAUAUGGAUAAUGAUGCUACUUAUAAAUGUGAAGUGACUCAUCCGGCUUUAACAGUUCCUUUGAUGAAAACACAGAAACUCAAAGUCCUAUUUUUACCCGAUCAAUUAAACAUCAAGCACGAACCGAUGCACCUCAAGCCGGGCGUGCAGGCUACACUCACGUGUGAGGCGACCUCCAGCAAUCCGCCGGUAAAGAUGAAAUGGUGGCACCAGAAUUUGCAGGUCACCGAGGAUGUAUACAGCUUCACCAAGCCCGGGCUAUACGGCGGCAAGCUGUCCACAAUACAGCUGACCAUCAACAUAACGUCCGAAAUGGACGGCAGAAUGUACAAGUGCCAAGCCUACAAUUCGCCAAUGUCCAAAAGCUUAAACAAAGAUGUCACGCUCAACGUAUAUCACAAACCAACUUUUGAUUCGUAUCCCGACUUAAUUACGUAUACAGAAGGGGAUAACAUAUUCAUCACGCUGCAGGCAAAAGGACAGCCAUCACAGAUCACGUAUAAGUGGUUAAAAAACAACAAACCGUUGUAUUCAAUACACAACCGGCGUGUACAAGAUUCCAAUAUAAAUAUUACCGGUGUAUUCCGUGACGACGCUGGAAAUUACACCUGUGAGGCGAGCAAUACUGAAGGGUCUUCAACAAUUUGGUUUAUAAUAUCAGUAAAACAUCGAGCAACUAUUACUAAUACUUCAAGUGGUGUUAUUGUAAGCCAGGGUGACGAUGCACUGCUUUGGUGUCAAAUAGAUGGUUAUCCGUUAGGUCCCGAUCACAUAAGCUGGACGCGCCCGAAUUUUUUCUUUGACGAACGCACAUCGAUAUUACUUAAAAAUACUACUUCAUACUUGACUAUUUUGAAUGCAACACAAUUCGAUAGUGGACUAUUCUAUUGCGUCGUUAACAAUGGUAUAGGGAACGAAUCGUCGCAUUCUGUGAUGUUGAUUGUUGAACAUAAACCUGAGAUACUAACUAUGGAAAAUGAAUCAAAAACUGCUAGCAACGCUGGUAUGUCAGCUAAACUUCAUUGUCGAGCAGUAGGCGCUCCAAUGAUUAGAUUUUCUUGGGAACGUGAUGGGUCGAACAUAACAAGCAUACCUGAUAAAUACAUUGUGGAACAGAGACAACUGAACGAAACGUUUUACGAGUCGACGCUGACGAUACUGCAAGUGGACCAGUACAAUUACGGCGAUUACGUGUGCACCGCGUCCAACAAACUCGGGCGGACGACUUCGGUCAACCGGUUGACCGUCUUCUCGCACCCCGACCCGCCGUACAAUUUCCGAUUGGCGAACGUCACGCACAACAAAGUGAUGCUGACGUGGACCCCCGGAUUCGACGGAGGUGAACCGGUUAAAUACCGUAUUCGUUUCCGACCAAUCGAAAAUAAAAAUUACCGAGUUGAGGAACUCGGAAACGAAACUCAUCACACGAUCAGUGGACUCGAACCAUUAACUUCGUAUUUGUUCAGCAUAUUGGCCCAUAACAUGUAUGGGGAAAGUUCUUAUGUGUCUCAAAGCCUCAAAGUAACCACAACAAAAGAAAAUAUGCAACCAAAGCCCGAUUCGAAUCAAGAGAAGCCGGUCGAUGAUCAAGGAAUGCGCAUCGUGUUCACUUUCUUGGGAGUUUUUGGUGGCAUUUUAAUACUCAUCAGCAUAUUCAUUGUGUCGUACUGCAUACAUAGGCGUCGUAACGUUAAUAAACAAAUGAACAACGAAAACAACGAUUCUAGCAGUAAAACCCCAACUAUAGAAAUGUAUGCACCGAAUACCUAUAAUGGAUACGAUGAAAAUUUAAGCUCAAUUUCAGCCAAAUCGGAAACAUAUUCAAAUGUUUCUCCGGAUUAUAAUGACGAUCAACAGCAAAAAUCUGCAGAACAAUCGUAUUUGAUCGAACAGAUCGAUUAUCCUUUCAUCAACGAUUGUGAUCAUCCCCUACAGCCACACGUUCAAUACGGAGGUGGUUUAAGUAUGAGCUCUGAUCAAUCAAUGCAACAUUACAAUAUGCACGAAAACACAAACGACAGAAGAAAUAUCGAGAAUCGGACUUCCCACCUCCACCAUCAUCAUCACCUCCAUCACCUACACCACCCACAACAGCACCAACAGCAGCAGCAGAAGCAACAUCAGCAUCAUCAUCAUCCGCAGCAGCAGCAUCAACAGCAUCAACAACCUUACCAUGUCGUGCAGGGCGUACCCACAGCUCGGGCCGUGCCAUUGCCACCGAUUUUGCACAACCGACCGGUGCCACCUCCGACGAUACCGCCAAUGGUCAGCAAGCUUAACUAUUACUCGCCGCCACCCCCACCGCCUCCGCCGCCCGACGUCACGGUGUUCUCGUCGCAAAAUGUCCUCAGCACUUUCGCACACAAACCGGAUGAGACGGAAGGACACUUGGUCUGAGUCAACCGUUUCCGCUCAACCCCGCCCGCCGCUCCGCCGAUAUACUGAUAAUUUCCUGUCAUAAGAAUUGCGCGUGACCCGUUCCAUACUGAUAUUCGUCGGAAACCCAACCCACGAAACACAGCUAUUCCAAUCGGGUUCCUCUGUUAUAACGUCGGAAAAGACGACCCCUCUCCCCAAUCACUUGAUCAAAAGAAACCUUAGAGCUGCAUACGAUUCGUACGACGCUUACAAUGGGAUGAACAAAAAUAUUCAGCAAUAUUCGUUUUUUGCCACAACCUUGGUUUUCAUUUAAUAACAAAAUAAUGAACUACCCGAAAAUUGUACAUAAUAUUCUGUUUGCCUGAAACCUUUUAGGAUAACGUCAGUCUGUGGGUGGAUCCUUGACGAAGUGGUUAGUGAUUAUCAAUACCUAUAUAAUAUUAUUAUAGUUAUUCGCUUUCCGCAUACUUGUACUCCUUUCAAACGAGACUCGAUGUUUGUCAAUUACUCGUUAUUUGCCUAUCGUUUUAUUUUAUUGCUAUGAUAUUCAUGAAUCUAAUGCCUAUUUAAUGUUAGGUUUACUCGUUAGUCAUUAAUGGAGUUCAUUCGUGUUUUUUAACUUAUUAAGAAGUCAAAAUAUUUUAAACAUAAAAAAUUUAAAAAAAUAACAUAACUAUACUUUAUAUACUUUAUAAAUAAAAUUAAUCGUUACCUUAAACUACAUUGAAAAUGUACAAUUAAAAGGAUGAGAAGCUCUGUUAUAAAGUGUGUAGUAAGAAAUUGUCUAUCGUUAACUGGUAAUAAAAGAAAACAUCCCAAUUUUCCGAUAUCAUUCAUAUGAUAUUAUAUAAGUAUACCUCCUCGUCAAGCUUUGUUCGAUUGGAUGUGAAAACUUCAUCGCCUGUAAUAAUAAAAUUAUGAUUAUUAUUAAUAUUAUAUAUUAUAUACAUAUAAUAUAAUAUCAUUUAUAUAAUAUGUGUAUAGAAUUAUUUAUUGGUAUGUAUAUUCUAGUCACGAAUAAACAUUAUUAGCUUAGAUAUUAUUAUAAACUUAAACAACGUGUGCGUUUAUUAUUUACACAUAAAUGUAAGGUUUGAAACAAAUAUAAAUAUUAUACGCGUAUACUCAUAUAUAUAUAUAUACCAAAAAUCGAUUUCUUAAAAUAAUAGUUUGUGCCACCAACAAAUGAAGAGAUUAUUCAUUAUCGACACAUAUAGGAAUUACGUCAAAUACUUAAGCAAAUCUUAAAGCGUUGGUUGCCACUUUAUUUUAUGCUCUUCUACAAUUACUUAUUGUGAUCUCGAAAAGAUUUAAAAUUGUUUUAUUUUAACUAGUCUGUUAAGUCUAUAUAACUAUUAUAAGCGCACCGAAAAUGUUGGUUGACUGAACCGUGUUUUUUUUUAACCUAAAAAAGCUUUUCAUUAAAUUAUUCGUACAACAAUUAAUUAGCUAUUAUAUUUUGUUGUCUAUUCAUUUACUACAUUAAGACUUCAUUGUGUAUGUAUUCUUUACUAUAAUUUUCUUGCUAUUGAGUUUCGUUAAGUUUUUGUUUUCAUUUAAACAAUUAAAAGUAAGUAAAACACAUCAUUAUGAUGUACCUAUUAUAUUAAGUUCUUUACACGCUUAUGUAUAUGCCUAUAAUGAUUAUAAAUAUAUAUGUGAAUUUAUU